AUGUUGACGGCGGUGGAGGUAGCAACAAUUUUGGCAGGAGUUGGCCUUGUUGUGGUUUUCGGCGAUGACAGAAGUGAUGGUUGUGGUGUUGACACGUUUGCAGUAUGGUGUUUUGUCAAGAGACAUGGAUUCUAUCGUUGUAAUUUGUACGAAAGAGAUUUGAAAGAUAGAGAUAUCACCAGCAAGUACUUAGAACUACCACAGAAAGAGUGGGAAAGAGAGAGAGAGAGAAAGAUGCAUGGUAUGUGGUUGUACUUGAAGGAGAAUGUGAAGUGUGGGAGUAAGCAUACUGAUGUGCUUUGUAGUUCUGAAAAAUGCAGCCACAAACUUAGCUUCACACCAUUGCAGAAGAACUUGGCUCCAGAUUCUCAGUUAGUUCAUCCUAUACGCGAACUGAUUUACCGGAAAAACUACUGCCAAACAUGUCUCUGCGAGUUGGAAAUUGGAGACCCAUCAAGGAAAAUUGUGGAGAUAAUAUUCCAAAAGGCAUCCUUGGAUCACUCAAAGUCAACAACCAGGAUAAGAAGCAUUAUAAAGGUAAAGAACUCCGCACAAACACUCGACAGUUUUGAGAAGUACAGAGACAAGGUGAAGAUGACUGCCGACCAUAGAUGCACAAAGAAUCCAAGGAACAUCGUUGAUGGAAAUGAGCAACUCCGAUUCUAUGGCACAACCAUGGCUUGUCGCAGGGGAAAGUCUAAGCAAGUUUCAGAGCUUUGCAAGAAUCCCAAUUGCAGAGUCUGCAGGAUACUUCAAUCUAAUUUUCGCAUAGAUUACACGACAAAUAAUGGAAUUCGGUUGAGUUCAAAUAGUGAUGACUUCAGGGAGAAUGUGAUGAAGAACACAGAAAGAACAGUGAUAGUUUGCAGAAUCAUUGCAGGAAACAUGAGUAUCUCUAAUGGUGAUGAGAGUAAUGUGUGCAAUUCAACUGGAAAUGAAAAGGGAUACAAUAGCUCGGGGAAUGUAAUAGUGUGGGAUCCCAGUGCUGUACUUCCUUGUUUUGUCAUAGUUUUCACUUGAAUUUACUUGCUGUAUAUGAUUCCUUGCAUUAACUAAUACAUUACUAGCACCAGAAGUUAUAUAGAUUAUGUAUUCAUUCAAUGACAGAAAAGAAAAGUUUCAUUUCUUAGUUCAA